UUACACCAAGUCUGCAGUUGGAUCUUGAUUUUUCGUCUUUUUGUGCCUGUAUCGGAACUAUUAUAGCCAUUUUAAUCGUUGUAAGAAUAUUUACCCCCAAUCUAAAGAUAUCCACUGUWCCUGGAACUGAAUCUGGAUAAUUUUGAGAUCAAACUUUGAGCUGAUAUUUUGAAAGUUGCUGCCAAGAUUUAAAGAUUGAAGUACAACUACAAAUGGAGCUCGCGAUUUACAUCGUUCUAUUGGGAAUUUCAGUUGUUUUUUUAAUUGGAUUACUGCUGCAUAUCUCAAGAAGAAAAAAGACUAAAAGUGUGCCCAAUGGAGUUGUCUUGCUGCACAUUUUCAAACGAAUUUAUAACAUUGUGAACAUGUCGCCGCCAUGUUUGAAGUUAGAAACCUACCUUCGCAUGGCAAAGAUUCCUUAUGAAUGCGACUUCAGUUUCAAAAUGUCAAGCAAAGGCAAGAUGCCGUGGUUAGAAUACAACGGCAAAGAGAUUGCAGACUCGAACUUCUGUAUUGAGUUUCUUAAUAAGGAGUUUGGAGUCGAUGUUGACGAUCACCUGAGCGACGAGCAGAAAGGCAUUGCUAGAUCUGUACUGGUGAUGUUGGAGGAAAAUACUUAUUGGACAAUGGUCCAUUACCGUUGGCUGGGUGAUUUUGCGAUWGAGUUCCGUGAAACAGCAUACGCAAUUCUCCCCAAACCAAUCCGCUGUCUAAUUUUUGCGUACUUCCAAAAUAAAACAAAACAAUAUAUGCACGGGCACGGGAUUGGACGACAUUCACCGGAAGAGAUUUAUGGGAUAGCAGAGAAAGAUCUGAAAGCUGUUUCCGCAAUUCUUGGAGAGAAGAAGUUCUUGUUUGGCGACAAACCCUGCCUUGCAGAUGCCGCUGUUUUUGCCCUUGUGUAUAACUUCCUUCAUCCGAAGCCAAAUUGUCCACAGGGGAAGUUAAUUUURACGCAGCUGAAGAACCUAGAAGAUCAUUCCAAUCGAAUGAAAGAGACUUUCUAUCCUGAUUGGGAUGAGCUUGUUAACGAGAAGACGAAAAUUGAAUAAAUGAUUGAAGCCACUUUUUAAUGACGUAGUCAUCGACUACGAGAGUUAGUCGUUUUCAACCAUUUCAAUGAGAUUCAAAAGAUAAAAGACAGUGGCGACCAUGUUGGAUGAAUGAACAAUAAAUACUAAUGAGAAAUCCUGUGUUGAAUUUCCUCCAAGAUGGCAGCUAUGACGUGUUGGACCUUGUAAUAUUAAUCAAGAAUGCUGUGAAAUAUCUGUGGUUGAGUAGUAAAGGRAAGAGAUUGUGUAUAUUA